CUCUGGCACUCCCCGUCUGGUUCCCUUCUUUUUUUUCCUCUUUGCUGUGUUUAGCAUCACUCAUACAUCACUUCUCCACUGCCCGGUGAGUUCUUUGCCCCUCAUUCCUCAUUCGGCCUGUGCUUCACUUACUUAACCGCCGUAUUCGUCGUUUCGGUAAAGGCCUCGAGCUCAGAAAUCUUAUUUCUAACUUCUGCCAGCCUCUUUUCUCUCUCUUCUCUACAUCUACCCGAACUCUACUCAACUUCACUCUAACCAAUCUCUUCAUUUUUGAUUCCAAUUGCCACAAUGGGUGUCCUCGAGAAGCUCUCCCGCAAGACCGGUGUCAUCGUCGGUGAUGACGUUCUCCGUCUCUUCGAGUACGCUCAGGAGAAGCAGUUUGCCAUCCCCGCCAUUAACGUCACCUCCUCUUCCACUGUCAUCGCUUCCCUCGAGGCUGCUCGCGACCAGAACUGCCCCGUCAUCCUCCAGAUCUCCCAGGGUGGUGCUGCUUUCUUCGCUGGCAAGGGUGUCAGCAAUGACGGCCAGGCCGCUUCCAUCGCCGGUGGUAUUGCCGCUGCUCACUACAUCCGCAGCAUUGCCCCCGCCUACGGCAUCCCUGUCGUCCUUCACACCGACCACUGCGCCAAGAAGCUUCUCCCUUGGCUCGAUGGCCUUCUGGACGCCGAUGAGGCCUACUUCAAGCAGCACGGCGAGCCCCUCUACUCCUCUCACAUGAUUGAUCUGUCUGAGGAGCCCGUCGACUACAACAUCCAGACCACUGCCGCCUACCUCAAGCGUGCUGCCCCCAUGAAGCAGUGGCUCGAGAUGGAAAUCGGUAUCACCGGUGGUGAGGAGGACGGUGUCAACAACGAGGACGUUGACAACAACUCCCUCUACACCCAGCCCGAGGAUAUCCUCGCCAUCCACAACGCUCUCGCCGCCGUCAGCCCCUACUUCUCCAUUGCCGCUGGUUUCGGUAACGUUCACGGUGUCUACAAGCCCGGCAACGUCCGUCUCCACCCCGAGCUCCUCAGCAAGCACCAGGCCUACGUCAAGGAGAAGACCGGCUCCUCCAAGGACAAGCCCGUCUUCUUCGUCUUCCACGGUGGCUCCGGUUCCUCCAAGGCCGAGUACAAGGAGGCCAUCAGCUACGGUGUCGUCAAGGUCAACGUUGACACUGACAUGCAGUACGCUUACCUCACUGGUGUCCGUGACUACGUCCUUGGCAAGAAGGACUACCUCCUGUCGACUGUCGGCAACCCUGACGGCGAGGACAAGCCCAACAAGAAGUACUUCGACCCCCGUGUCUGGAUCCGCGAGGGUGAGAAGACCAUGAGCAAGCGUGUCCAGGAAGCCCUCGAGGACUUCAACACUGCUGGCAAGCUGUAAACAAUUUCUUCUUUCAUGACUGCAGAAAAUAAUUUUGGAUUCACGUUUAAACGGAUAUGAUAUGGCGAUAAGAUACCAAUGAAAGUGUACAGCCUGGAAAAGCAUAUUUGAAUGUAGAACUGGGGAUGGCGUUGGUAUGUUGUAUCUAAGAUGAAUUGAUUUCAUCAGUUGCAGUGAGCUUCCACAGUAGAUAAAACUGUCUUCUGUGUGCGUAGCUGGUAUGUUAACAUGCCAGAACACCUCCAAAGGAGAAAAAGCAUGAAUCGGUUCAGUCUACCGUCGCCUCAAACAAAGACCAGUAGUACAUAACACGAGCAGUGGCAUUAAUUAACAAACAGUGUUUAGGUGGCUCAGAGGUUGACAUAGUAUGGUAAAUAUUAGCACUCCAACGUGGGGAGUUGGUAAUGCCUCGAAUGGUGUUGGGCAAAGUCCCCCACCGAUAAUUAUAUAGAUGCAACAAUACCC